AUGAUUGUGGGCUUUGCUGUUAAUGGGCACGCAGAGGAACCUCAUGCAGAAGGAAGGGUUCAAGGCAGAGGGGCUCAACUUCACUGGAGCUUUUACGCAUGCAGCCAAGCCGGUUUAGUCAAUGAGGGGCUACAUUACUUUGAUAACAUGAAGAGAAUUCACAGAAUAACCCUGAGAAUUGAGCAUUAUGGGUGCAUAGUUGAUCUGUAUAGCCGUGCAGGGAUGUUGGAAGAUGUCUUAAAUGUAAUAAAAAACAUGCCAAUGAAGCCAAAUGAAGUUGGGGCGGGUUCUUUGCUAGCUGCAUGUAGAACCAAUGGGAAUAUCAGUUUAGCUGAAAGAUUAAUGAAGUACCUCUAUGAGUUGGAUCCUGGUGUUGAUUCCAACUAUGUACUCUUAUCCAAUACAUAUGCAGCGGAUGGAAGGUGGGAUGGUGCAAGCAAGGUUAGUAAGAACAUGAAAGCCCUCGGAAUACAAAAGAUGCCGGGGUUUAGUUCAGUUGACAUAGACUAA